CGUUUCGGAAUAAGUGUGCGAAAAGCAGUAACGGUCGUGAAACUGGGAUUGGUCAGAUUUCAUGUCUGUCGUGAAGCAGCAUUGGCUAGGCUAUGACAAAAACAAGAGUAUGAGAUGGGCUCCACCAGCUCCACCCUGGCAAAAAUCCCCAACGCGGAGGACUUGAUGCAAGAAACUGGCUUCACUCCUGCACAUCUCGUCCGCCUGUAUGACCGCUUCAAAGCUCUGGACAAAGACAAGAAAGGUUUUCUUAGUCCUCAAGAUUUUGUAGCCAUAAAGGAGCUGGCCAUGAACCCUAUUUGUGACAGAAUAGUCGGGGCCUUCUUCACUUCAGGAGAAGAAAUGCUGGACUUCCCAUCCUUUGUGAGGAUCUUGGCACAUUUUCGUCCCAUUGACAAGAACCGGCCUAAAGAGCCCAACUCCCCAGACCCCAUAAAUAGCAGGAGCAACAAACUUAAAUUUGCUUUUCAGCUUUACGAUCAGGACAAGGAUGGCAAGAUUUCCAGACAUGAACUUUUGCAGGUUCUGCGGGCAAUGCUGGAGAAGCAGGUGACUGAGGAACAGCUGGAAAGCAUAGCAGACCGCACCAUUCAAGAGGCAGACCUGGACAAAGAUGAUGCCAUAUCUUUUGAGGAGUUUCGAAAGUCACUGGAAAAGGUCAACAUUGACCACAAGAUGAGCAUCCGUUUUCUGCGCUAGAGCAUUGUGAGCUCCCAAGAAGCACUAAGGAAUUAAGAGUCUUACCAUUACAGAGCAAAGAGAGCGGAGUCAGUCUUCAGAGGUAUUCCUUAUUCUCCACUACUGCCGUGCCUCUCUCACCCAAUCACUGUUUUAAACUUCCUCGUUAAUUACACUACAAAGAUUAUUUAGUUCUGUAUCAUGGAAUUUACUGGAAUGCAGUUAUUACUGAAAGCUGUCAGAGCCUGGAGAAAUAUGUGUGAUGUAUAAUUUUGUUGAGUGAACAAAGGUUUUUAACCUGCUUAACAGUUGUGAAACACAAUUCUGAUACUCGACUGUGAUACUUUGCCUGGCUUUACUGUGACUUUGCUUGAGUUUUCUUUUUUUGAAAAAACUGGAAUAGUUGUGUUGACUAGCUGUUGUGUUCCAAAAUAGAGUAAACUAAGCUACCAGCUCUCUUCUCUAUUGGAAAAUGUAUCACCUGCAGUGAGCCUGCAGGCUGGAACAGGAAUGCAUUGCACUACGAUAAUGAAAACAAAACAAGAAACAGAAUGAGAAUAUGAAAAUUCCCUGCUCACAUAUUAUAUUGUGUACUAAUGAUAUUAGAUUGUCCAGGAGAAGUAGAAGCAAAACUGGCAAUUUGUUUAGAAAAACGUAACAUAUAGCAUUUAUUAGCUAUCUCACCACUUGAUUUCAAACAUAAUUACACACACACACAUUUUCUAAACCGCUUAUCCUAUUGGUCGCGAGGGGGUUCUGGAGCUUAUUCCAGCGGCCAUAGGGUGGAAGGCAGGAAACACCCUGGACAGGUCACCAGUCCAUUGCAGGGCGCAAACAUAAAUACUUUAAAGCUAAAUGAUUUAAAAUGUCUACAGUGCACUACAAAAUUAAUCAAAUUUUCCACAGUUUACUAGAACAUGAGCUAGUAGCUUAGUUAUUCAUCAACAACACUGUUGUCUUAGUUAGUAAUUGUAUACAACAGGUAGUUAUAAUGUACUUAAAUAUUUUAUUGACACUAAAGAUGGGUCUUUUAACCAAUGGAUGCAAUGCACAUCUCACAAACAGUAUUUGCUUGUCUGACAAGGCACAAGUUAUAUGCAGCUGCAAAUACAGAACAAUGCUUGCUCAGAGUUACUCAGUAACUUUCUGCAUGCACUCUUUAAUUUCAAGGCUUAGUGCAAUGUUUGCGUAAAAAUCUACCUCGACAAUUUUACCGACCUUAAACCUUAUGUGUGUUGUCCAGAUAAAAUUAUCAACAGAAUCUCCUUGAAUACAAAUUACAUGUCAACUUUAACAGCAUGUUUUUGGAAAUGCAGCCUUUGCUUUUGUAUUAAUGACUAUGCUAAAAAUAAUAAAAAAAAAUAAAUUUGUA